AUGGCGUCCAGGCCCCUCUGUCGCUACCUGCCGUCACAGACCGUCGUGGUUGCAGGCGCUGGCGUCGUGGGGCUCGCGGUUGCACGCACGGCUGCUCGCCAAGGGGCGAACGUGCUCCUGCUCGAGCAAAACGCGCGCGUGGGCCAGGAAACCAGCGCGCGCAGCAGCGAAGUCGUGCAUGCUGGGAUCUACUACGCCACAACGAGCUGGAAAGCGCGACUCUGUGUUCCAGGCCGACAGCAGCUCUACGAUUUCUGCAGGGCGUUCCACGUCCCGUUUGCACAAUGUGGCAAGCUCAUUGUGGCCCACGCCCACCAGCAAAAGCAGUUGCAGUCGAUUUGGCAGCAAGGUCUGGACAAUGGCGUACGGGACUUGCAGCUGCUUACAAGCAGCGAGGCGCAAGAGAUGGAGCCCCAUGUGCACUGUCACGAAGCCAUUUGGUCCCCGUCGACUGGCAUCGUGGACUCCCACGCACUACUGCAAGCGUUGCAAGGGGAUGCAGAAGCGCAUGGGAUGAUGGUAGCACGAGCGACUGCUGUGUGUGGAGGCACGUAUGAUGCAAAGGCCAAGACAUUUGUGAUUCGAGCAAUGGCGAACGAUGGAGAAAGGGAGCAGGAAGUCGAGUGUGACUACUUUGUCAAUGCUACGGGCAUGUUCGCGCCGGAGCUCGUGGACAAGAUCGUGUCGACGGAUGGACAGCACUCUGUGGGACGACCGCUUCCACGCGUCCCGGAACGGUUCGCGAAGGGCACGUACUUUAAGCUCAGUGCAGCACAUCGGCCAUUCAGACGCUUGGUGUAUCCGAUUCCUGAAGUUGGCGGCCUCGGUGUACACGCAACGAUUGAUUUGGCGGGCAAUGUCCGCUUCGGACCGGACGUUGAGUGGGUAGACGGAAUCGACUAUCAGCCCGACUCGUCAAAAGCAGAGCACUUUGCCGAGAGAAUUCGGGCAUACUGGCCUGACGCGCGCGCAGACUUGUUAGAAGCCGACUAUUGCGGUAUCCGUCCCAAGAUCACGAUAGACGGCAAGAUCGCUGAGGACUUUUACAUUGCCGAUGAACGUGUGCAUGGCAUACCAGGUCUCGUGCAUCUUUGUGGGAUCGAGUCUCCCGGUCUUACUGCGUCGCUCGCGAUAGCAGAUGUUGUUGUAAGGAAGCUGCUGGAUCGACGACAGUAG